AUGUUCAAGAGUUCGUCUACCUUCGACAAGCAGCUGGACAAAGCAACCAGCCUGAGUAACCUCGAACCUGAUUGGGCGAGCAUUCUACAGCUAUGCGACUCUAUCCGGAUGAACGAUGUCCAGCCUAAAUAUGCGCUGUCCGCAAUUAGGAAGAAGCUCUUCGCCACUAAUCCCAAUGUGGUGUUGAUGGGCCUUCGGGUCUUGGAGUCCUGUGUAAAGAACUGCGGCUCCCUCUUCCACAAUGAAGUCGCUACUCGUCAGUUUAUGGACGACUUGGAAGAGGUGAUCAAGCAGUCAAAUGAUGUGAAUGUGCGCGACGAAACUCUUCGAAUUAUCCAAGUUAUGGCUUACGCUUUUCGUAACGACCCGGGCUACCGCGCCGUGGGCGACAAAAUGAAGUACCUCAAACACGGUGGCUACCAGUUUCCAGUGCUAAAGGAAAGCGACGCCAUGUUCUCCGCUGACUCUGCUCCCGAUUGGGCUGACGGUGAGGUGUGUCACCGUUGCCGCGUUCAGUUCGCAUUUCUCGUCCGCAAACACCACUGUCGCAAUUGUGGCCAAGUCUUCUGUGCCACUUGCUCUGCAAAGACGUCCACCAUUCCCCGAUUCGGCAUCGAGAGGGAAGUUCGUGUCUGUGAUGUUUGCUACGAUAAGAUCAACAGCAAACCUUCGAAAUCUGAAAGCGGCAAGUCGCACCUUGGCGAGGAGACAAAAGCAAAGAUAAUGGCCGCCGCCACUUCUUCAGCGGCUAAUGCUUCCGCCGCCGCCGCUGCAGCCGCUGCGCAAAAGAAAACCGAGCAGGAGAUUCAAGAGGAGGAGGAACUUCAGCUGGCCCUUGCUCUCUCGCAAAGUGAAGCCGAGGAGAAGGCGAAGGAGCGCUCAUCGGGUAGUUUCAAGUACCCCUCUAGUAGCUCGAAAAUGUCCUCCAAGUCGUCCAGCAAAAAGUCGUCUCCUAAGUCUGAAGCGACCAUUGAGAACGACGAUCCCGAGAUGGCUCGCUACCUGAACCGCGAGUACUGGGAAAAUCGCACUACUGCGUACCCUGACUACGAGCCGUCACCCUCGCCCAGUGCUCCCCAGUCGAACAACCUGACGACGACCAUCACUCCGAAGCUGAUCAGCUCACCGACUGAGGACACAGAGCUGGAGUCGUUCACCAACUCGCUGCGAUCGACUAUUGAAAUUUUCGUCAAUCGCCUCAACUCAAACAAGCUGCGCGGUCGAUCCAUUGCCAGUGACAAUGGCGUGCAGGCGCUCUUCAUGAACCUGACCAAUCUGCACUCUCAGCUGAUUAUGCACACUCAGCAAACUAAUGAGUCGCGAACCAACUGCGAGCGUCUGCAGGACAAGAUCAGCCAGAUCAGAGAUGCUCGUGCUGCGCUGGACGCCCUGCGCGAGGAGCACCGCGAGCAGAUGCGCCGUGCUGCCGAAGAAGCCGAACGAAUCCGCCAGCAGCAGAUGGCUCAGAAGCUGGAGAUUAUGCGCAAGAAGAAGCAAGAGUACCUGCAGUACCAGCGGGAGAUUGCCCUUCAGCGGAUGCACGAUCAGGAGCGGGAGUUUAUCAUGCGCCAGGAGCAGAUGAAGUUUGCCAGCGCCAAUGCCGGCGCUGUCCCGCCCUCCCAGUGGAACAAUGGCGGCAGUAUUCCCGCCAGUGGCUACUACAUAUCCAAUGCUGCCUACGCCAUGCCUACUCAACAGCAGCAACAACAGCCGCCGCCGCUUCCUCAGGCGGCCAUGGCUCCUGGUGGACAGUACGUGCAGUCGAACUUGCCACACGGUUCGGGCAUGGUCAACGCCCAUCACGCUCCCAUGCCCAGCUCUACGGUGCCGAUGGCUGUGCCGCCGCAGCCCGGCCAGCAGCAGCCUCAGCCACUGCCACCACAGCAACAGGUAAUGCAACAACCGCCACCGCCGCAACAGCCGCAGCAGCAGCAGUACAUUCCAGCAAUGUACAUGCCCCAGGGGGCUCCAGUGGCGGGCAACUACCAGGCUGAACCAGUGCCGCAGCAACUACCUCCAGGCGUUCAGCAGCAGCAGCAGCCACCGGUCCAGUACACAAUGGCUCAACCAGUGGCCUCUGUGGCUCCGCCGCAAAUGGCGCAGCCGCCUCCUGCGCCUCAGCCACCAGCACAGCCUGAAGCCACUGAGGAGCUUCUCAUUAAUUUUGAUUAG